AUGCGUCUUCCGUGCUCGUCCUCGAAUCAUUUUAUACUAUUGCCACUUCUGUGGCUCACUGGUUGUGAGACGUUCCACGGCCAGCAGAAGAACGGUCAGAAGAGCGGUCACAAGAAGGGGCCUACUUUGAAUUUCAAUCUAUUUUUACGCCAAGAGGAAUCGCAGAGAAUGUUAGGUAUCAACGUGUCCUUGUACUACGUGAAAGAAGGCUCAAUGAAUGAUUACGCCCUCCGAUUUCCUGUUCCGGUUCCCGGCAAUCUUUCCCGGCUGGAGUUCACGUGGCAGAACCUGCGUCCCCAACAGUCCCUCAAGUACCGCAUCGAAAUGACCGUCGAUAACCCGGAGGCCAUGCAGCCGCCAAAACUCGACAUUCCAUCGACGGGUAACCUGCCAGUUUCCUCGCCAUCAUCCUUCGUCGUUUUCCUCUCGUGUACCGGAAUGACGAGUGCCGAGGUUCGUAUCGGGAUCAAUCUGAACAUAAGCGCAGCUGGAGAGGAAACGUCGACGACCUUGGUGAAAAUCCAACGAAAGAAAGUAUGUCUCAAAGACGAGAAGAAAACGAGCAGAACAUCUACAACACGGAGUCCCACGGCACACGUUUACAAAGAGGAUGUCGAUGAGGACGAUACGGACGAAGACGGGGACGAGGAGAAUACAAUAUUCGUGUCAGAGACUCAACGCGUUGAGCACGGACGGAGGAACACGGCGAACACGUCAAACACGGCCAUGGUCAUGGACGACGCUGCGACGACACCCCUCCUGGUCGCUGAUGGCAAUUCGUUGGUUUUGUACGCGGUCGCGGGAGCGGCCGUAGUGGUGGCGAUGUCUCUGAUGACGGCUACAACACUAUGCUACGUGCGCACAAGAAAACUGCAGAGUCUGAAUCAGCAUCAAGGGAACGUGAUCAUCCAGGCGACAGCGGAUAAAUAUUUACAAGAAUGGAUUACGGCGAGUUCCACUCUGCACUUGAAAGCCCCGCAGUACAGCAACAAGGGAUUCUCGGGGAAGAUGCCGGUCGCGACCGGUCCAACCAAUCGGUUCCUGCGAGUUCCCGGAAGCCCGGUCGCAUCGACCGUCGCGUCGUACUCGUCGUUCCGUAAGCCGAAUUUCGGCGUGCCGCCCUCGCCCGCUCCGCCGAUGAGUCUUCUCACAAUGCACUCGGCGGCCGGUGUGAAUAGCUCCGCGGGUCAGUACAGCACCAUUAACGACACGUUCAAGAGCAGCAGCUCUACGCUGUCCGAGCAGCUGGCAGAACUCGCUGUGGACGCGCGUUGUUUAACUCUUGUCAAGCUGUUGACAGAGGGCUCGUUCGGGCGAAUUUACCAUGCUCUGCUGAAUACCUCGUCAGGGAACAGCUCAGCAGAGUCUCAGCCCGUCCUCGUCAAGACGGUCACCGAGCAAACAAGCUCGGAUCAACGGCGGAUGUUCAUGCAGGAAGGCAUGAUGCUCGUCGGGAUGAACCACACCAAUGUGAUGCCGGUCGUCGGGACAUGUCUGGACAUGCCCAACGGUCAACCAGCGCUCCUAUAUCCGUUUAUGAACGAGGGGAAUCUCGCGCAUUUCCUGCAGAGGAGCAAAUUCUCGAGGAACAGCCCUCCGAGAACGGAGACGGCACAUCCUCUGACGACGUUGUCAACUCAAGACCUGGUCGACAUGGCCGUCCAAAUCGCCGAGGGUCUCAUGUUCCUACAUCGGAGGUUUUUCCUGCACAAAGAUAUCGCGACGAGGAACUGCAUGGUCGACGAGCGCCUUCACGUGAAGUUGACCGACAAUGCGCUCGCUCGCGACUUCUUCUCCGAGGACUACCAUUGGAUGGACGACAGCAAUCGAGACCAGGAGCAGGAGAAGCGGCCGGUGAAAUGGCUGGCUUUGGAGUCGCUCCAAAAGCGGGAGUUCACGCCCGCCUCCGAUUUGUGGAUGCUGGGAGUCACCCUGUGGGAAUUGCUCACUCUCGGACAGCCGCCUUUUCCUGAAGUGGAUCCUCGAAAAAUGGUCACUUACCUCCAAAGUGGCUACAGAUUACCACAGCCGACUAACUGUCCAGAUGAACUAUACGACGUCAUGUUCCGAUGCUGGUCGAUGUGCCCCGGCGAACGGCUCACUCUCCCGCAGAUGUUGAGGGCACUUGCCAAUUUCUACAAUCAGCUUGGGAGCUACAUCUGA